AUGCUUACAACGGCAAAGAGAUACAAUGCCAGCUUUGCGGCAAUCAAAUUAGACAAAGGCCUGAAAGGACAACUCCCUGUAUGGUACCAUAUAAGCGUGAAGAAACAGCUGUGUCAGCUGGAUAACACAAAAUUGAGUAAAUGCUUAUGCCUUAACCACCGAGUUGCCACAGUGACUGAUCUUGUACAAGCUUCAAGACACGAGGCACCAAUAGAAGCGAACCAUGAUGGGGGAAUUAAAAACUGUACAUGCAACAUAUGCAAUGAGGACCGGCGCAGAGGCUGUACGGACCCGCUGAAAUGCAGAGAAGCAGCCAGACGGCUACUACUAAACAUAGACGAUAAAUGGAAUCCAACAGCAAGAUCACCGGAUGAUAACUUAACACUCACGAGGAGACGCAAGGAGGCUAACGUGGAAGCUAAGGAGACAAAAGGAGCUGUGACCUUCAACCCGUCCGUGACUGAGCAAGGCGGCAUAAAAGAAGCACUAAGAGUCUUUAUUGAUGAAGAGAACAUAAUGAACCCACCAGCAAUCCAGCUACAUAAAGGUAUCUCAAUCAGGGAAGAAAGAUGUAAGGCGUAC